AUGUGUAGUGCUGCUUUCCAAAAUGAGACCACAGCAGAAUUAUGGCUCUGUGACAAUUCCACCAAUAAGAUGCCUACUCGUCUUAAGGUGUGCCAAGCCAUUGCGAUGAUCGGAAACAUUGCUGUUCUUCGGUGGGCACAUGAUAAAGCAUUUCCAUGGAAUAAAGAUACAUGUGCUGCGGCAGCCCCGGGGGGGGGUCUUGAUGCAUUGAAAUGGUUGCGUAAAAACGGUUGCCCCUGGGAUGCGUAUACUUGUGCAAAUGCUGCCAGAGGUGGGCAUUUGGAGUUGUUGAAAUGGGCCCAUGAAAAUGGUCGCCCUUGGAAUACACUCACUUGUGCAUAUGCUGCUGCACAUGGCCAUUUGGAAAUACUGAAAUUGGCCCGUGCAAAUGGCUCCCCAUGGAAUGAAUUGACUGGUGCAAGUGCUGCCAGAGGUGGAUAUUUGGGAAUUCUUAAAUGGGCCAGAGACAAUGGUUGUCCAUGGGAUACCGGUAGACUCACCUGUGCAUAUGCUGCUGAACAUGGCCAUUUGGAAAUACUGAAAUGGGCCCGUGCAAAUGGCUCCCCAUAG